AUGGAUGAAAACCACGAUGGCGUCGCCAUCAGCACAUUCAAAAGUGAUCUCCCCACUGAGCACGGUUUAGGGAAAUCUCUAACUGGUAAACCAGUCACCAGCGUUAGCCAACUGAUGGACAGGAUUGGCAAAUUCAAAAGGGUGGAAGAGGACCAGCUACAAGGGAAAGGAAAGGAGAAGAUUAUCCCUCCCAAAGGGAACGAUUACAGGUCGGAACGAUAUAAUAGUAACCAGCCGAGAAUGGAUUUUUCGAGACAGGCUGGACAAACCAACAUACAAGUGGUUAAUACCGUAUUCAGAGAGCCGGUGCAACAGGUUCUGGAGAAAGUAAAAAAUGAACCUUUCUUCAAAUGGCCAAGUAAAAUGGCCGGAGACUCUUCAAAGCGCAACCAGAACCUGUAUUGUCAUUAUCUCAUCAAGACCACGGGCAUACCACCGAGGAUUGCAGGAAUCUAUGAAAUCACUUGGAUCAGGACGAUACACGUCAUCCUCGCCGCUCCAGGGAGGACCGGCUCUUUUCCCUCCGGGGUGCUGUCUGUGGCUCGGCUCCCCAUUGAGGAUGGUGAGAAGGAGUCCAAAAGAUCUAAAAAGGGAAACUCACCUGUGCUGGGGUUCUCGGAUGAGGAUAAGAUAGGAACUAUCCAACCUCAUGACGAUGCUUUGGUAGUUACAUUGAGGAUUGGAGGGUUCGACGUGAAGAGAGUACUGGUGGACCCGGGCAGUGCUGUGGAAGUGAUGUACCCUGACCUGUACAGGGGCCUGAACCUAAAGCCUAAGGACUUAAUGGCUUAUGACUCUCCUCUUAUAAGUUUCGAAGGAAAGACUGUCAUACCAAAAGGGUAG